AUUGAGAGCCCGGCCCCUUGAGAGUAAGGGCUUUCACGCAGCUGUCUAUGGUAUUGCAUGAGAUAAAGAAAUUCAGAAGCUGUAUUUAAUUUGGUAAAAAUCUGACAAGUAACCAAAAAAAUCAGACUUUCAUGAAUGCAGCUCAAUCACCACAGAAGCCUCUCCCCAACGGGCUCUAAGCUGACUUGACGUUCCAAGUGGGUCUAUUUGAGUAAUAUAUAUAUACAUAUAUGAAAACGUUGGAGCUUUUAAGCUUUAAGAACCUGAUUCUGAUUUGGCCAAAGCAAUGGUUACGGCCAUUCUUCCAUUGAUGGUCUCUAGUCUCUUCGUAGAUGAAGAUCAAGAAUAGUGGCUUGGCGUCAAAUAUCUUCUUUUUAAGUAUUACCAUUUUAAAUUUUUUAUCAUUAAUUAUUUAACACCUGGACCCGACGCUGGUCCAAACUCCGUACUAUGCUAGCUCGGACCAGUGUUUGAUUGAGCAGGAAAGCUAGUCAUGACUCAUGACAUUCUGAGGCUUUUUUGUCUACUAGCUAUGGUUAUUACUUGGGUUGAAAAAACUUGAAAUUUAAGUUAGGGUUGGGUUGAGAAGUAUGAACCUGAUUUAGAUUUUGGGUUGGGUUAAUUGAAGUGUUCUUUUUUAGCAAUCCCACACGCAACCGGUGAGUAAACCAAUUAGAAUCCAUCCAACUCCCAAGUCAUCGGGUACUUGGAUUGAGUUAGGGUUGACGGUUGAUCUCAACCCAACUAACCAGCCCGACUUGUAUCCUUUGACUCUAAGCAUAGCCUUUGAAAAUUAGAAGCCAGAUGGCAGGGAUUCGUGCGAGGGUAAAAUGGUCAUUCAGUAGGCAAAGAAAGUUUUACUCGUUUAGUUGCGUUUUACUGUCGCGUGCCGGCGCAUGUUAGCGUGGUCCCCCAACCGUUUCGGAUUCCGGCCCACCACCCCCUCUGUCAACGCCAAACAAAAAGAGCUCCCCAGGAAGCUUCGCUCUCUCUCUCUCUCUCUCUCCAUAUAUAUGUCUCUGAGGAAAGAGGAGCAAACUUGUCUUUCAUUCACAGUUCGUUAAGGGGCAGGAAUUCGGAUAACAGAUCUUCUUUACAUAUUUCCAGUUCAUGGAAAUGGAUCAGAACUUGGUAUCAAAGAUAACCUUGAAGAGAAAACUACCUGAAGAAAGAGAUAUUGGGAUGUUGGGCCUGUCCUUUGACGAGUUGAACCAAGACCUGCUCGAGAGGGUGCUCUCAUGGCUACCAACAUCAAGCUUCUGCCGCCUCCGUUCAGUGUGCAAAAGAUGGAGUUCUGUUGCAAACUCUGCAACUUUUCAACUUGCCUGCUCCCAGGUUCCCUAUCGGGAUCCUUGGUUUUUCAUGGUUGGUCCCCAUCUUGACCAAUCAAUUAUCUUUGACACUGCUGAAAGGAAAUGGAAAAAUCUUAAUAACCAACUUCUCCAACAAAAUCCCAGCUGCAAUUUCAUUCCAGUUGCUGCUUCUGGUGGUCUGAUAUGUUUCCGCACUAUUUCUGGUGACUUUGUUGUCUGCAACCCAGUCACAGGUGCCUGCCGAGAAAUUCCUCCUGUAGGAGAGACCACUCAAAGUCAGACUGUCCAUGCCAUUGCAAUGGUUUCAUCUUCUAACUGCUCCUCGUAUAAGCUUGUAUUAGUCUCUGGUGAAUUCCCAAGUCUCUCUGUCAAAGUCUAUGAUUCAGAGAAAAACUUGUGGCAAGAAGAGAUUGUGCUUAGUAGGAAAACCAGCAAUUCAUUAGAAUCUGAGAUGGCUGGAGAUGAGACUCUUUACUUUCUCAGUAAAGCAGGAGAUGUUGUCAUGACUAACAUGCAAAGGAGCCCAUCGAAGCAAUACUCAUCUGUUAUAACUGUCAAAGAUGGUGAAGAGAUUAUUUAUUUUCUUAGCUCCUCAGGGACGGUUAUCUCAUGCAAUUUAGCCCACAAAUGCUUCUUUGAGUAUCCAAGGUUGCUUCCGGUCUUUUUUGAGUAUUCCAUUGAUGUUGUUGAGUGUAGGGGUGAGAUGUUGGUAGUGCUAUUGUCAGAGUUCCUAGAAACCGCGAGUCUUAGAGUCUGGAAAUUCUGUGAGGGGGACCGGUCGUGGCAUCAGCUUGCAGUUAUGCCUCCAUCGAUGUCACAUGAAUUUUAUGGCAAGAAAGCAGAUAUAAAUUGUGUAGGAUCUGGAGGUCAGAUACUUAUAUGUGUGAAUUCUGGUGAGUUUAGUAGUUGUUACUUAUGUGAUUUGGUGAGAAAUGAAUGGACUGAAUUGCCAAGGUGUUUUGUGGAUGGGGAGGCAAAGGAAUUCAUGUCUGCCUUCUGUUUCGAGCCCAGGAUGGAGGUUUAUGUAUGAAGAAAGGUACAAGGAAGAGCAUGUGAGACGAUGAAUCCAAUUAAAGAUGGUCUUUUUUCUGUACUUUUAUUUUGCUUUUUAUUUCAAGAAAGGUUUAUGUAACUGUCUUCCUAUUGUACAAUGGCAAACUAAAGUUGCAUAAAAUUUUAUGGAUGUAAGUACCUUUGAAUGUUUUGUUCAACUAAUGAAGAUUUUAAGCUUAAUUCUUGUUUUUAAA